GGGGAUAAUUUUGAAAACGCUGCUCUUUAAUUAUACGUAUAUAAAACUAAUUUAUGCAUAACUUGAAUUUCCUUUUAAUUAGUUCAUCAACAUAGGUUUUACAAAACAUAUUAAUACCUUGAUGACCUAAAACUAGUGAGACUUUUGUCAAAUUGCUAAUGAUUUAUAAUGGAAACAUCGUUUCGAGAAAGUGGAAAAAAUACAAAAGAAAAAUUAAAUACAAAUGCUAUAUUACAAAGAGUUAUGCCAUUACCAAUUCAUUGGGAAGAAGCAUACACGCAAGAUGGAAAACCGUAUUAUAUAGAUCAUCUAAACAAAUGCACAACUUGGAUUGAUCCACGAGACAAGCUAACCAAACCAAUCACCUUUGCUGAUUGCAUUGGUUCUGAAUUACCAUUGGGAUGGGAAGAAUACAAAGAUGAAAUCAUUGGAACAUACUAUGUUAACCAUUGUUCAGAAAUAAAUCAAUAUGAAGAUCCUCGCCAUCAAUGGCAGAAAAAGCAAGAAAAAAUGCUGAAAAAGUAUCUGAAGUAUAUUAAAAAAGAUCUUCAGAUCAAAUAUUUAAGAAAGUUUGAAACGUUUGAAAACGUUGACGGAAUGGAACCGUUUUUGAAGUAUAAUUCGACGCAGCUUAAAGAAGAUAUACAAACAGCAAGAGAAAGAGUCAAUGAUCUCAAAAAGGAAUUGCACGAAACCGCUGGACAAAAUGACCUAAAUAAUUUUGAAGAAAUUCACAAAAAAAUGCCUUCAAACAGCCCGCUUCAAAUACAUGCUAUAAAAGAGAAAUUAAACGAAAUGAAAGAUAUGCGCGAAAAACUUUUGAUUGGGCAGCAGGAAAAAAUUAAAAUUCUGCAGGAGUUGCUUCAACAAAGAGACGAGUAUCAGAUGAGCGAACACUCAAAUUCUAGUGGUCAGAAAAAGUUUGGAUCUGCCACAAGCUUAAACAGUGUUGGUAGUGGGAACCUUCCUCUGUAUUCUGGAAUGGACGAUAACAUUUCUACAAAUAAACGACGCCUUAGAAAGGACUAUCAGCGAGCAUUACAACGGAUGAGUGAACUUUAUGCUCAACUGGAAAUCAUCGAUUACAGUCUGCAGCUGUCUGAAAAUGGACCACAACAAAGGAGAUUUAUGCUAUGUGCUGAGAAAGAGGCGCUACUUUUAGAGAUCAAACGCUUUGAAAUUUAUAUUCGCACUGAGGAAGAUAGAAUUCAAUUAGAAGAAGAGAAGGAGUUACUAAUGCGCGACCUGAUAUCUGCCAGGGAGUUCUCUUCCAAAGUCAUCGAUGAUAGAAUGCAGUUGGAAAAAGAGCGGAAGUUACUGAAGAGGCAACUAGCUGAAAAAACCAGACAAACAAAUCUUUUGGAAAUAAAGCUCAAAAGUCUCUCAGCCAGUACUUUAUCCGUUUCAUCUACAUCAAGUCGAGGAUCUGCGUCAACAGAAACAAGAAGUUCUCGAGGCUCAUUAAACUCAUUGGGUCACCAAGUUGAGUUAGCUAGUGAUAAUUCUUCUAAUUUAUAUCACUUGACUUCGACCUCAUGUCCGCCGAUUUAUGAAUCUCGCGUGUUAGCUAGUCAGGCUGAGACUAGCGAGGGUUUAAACAAUACGUGCUGCUCUCCUUGCAGUAGCUCAAGAAUUUUUCAUUCAUCUGCUUUACCAUAUGCGCACUUUAAUGAAAUUCAUAACAGUCAGGAUGAUAUUAGAGUUUCAAAUGGUACGUCAUACAUGAGUUAUUCAAAUUUGCCAAUAAAUAGUUACCAAUACACAAUGGGUACAGCGAUUGUGUCAAAUGCUGUUUCCGACGAAUCAGUUGCAGCUGAUAGCGGCGUAUUUGACCUACCAAUUGAACGCAAUACAGUUUCGCGUCAAAAUAGUGACCAUUCUAGUGGAGUUUUUUGUAGCGAUGAGCAUAUGGAAACAGCACAAGUUUGCGUUGGAUUAGAGUACGAAAACAAUAAACUGAUUAUUUCUGUCGAAAAAGGAAGACAUUUUCGAGCGCUUUAUUUUAAAAACUAUAAAUAUGUUUUUGUUCGAGGUCGUUUACUACCAAGUAAUAAUCUGUUACAAUUUCGUACGAUCAGAUCAAAUGUCUCCGACGAACAGAAUUUUCACGAACAAUUCUCUUUUAAAAUAGAUCGAACAAAGUUAUCAAAUAAGACAUUGCAGUUGGACUUAUGCGGAAAUUUAGACGACAUUGCCACCGAAGAAUGCUUGGGUGGAGUUCAAAUUAGUUUGGCAGAUUUUGAUUCUAACGAAUGCAUUGUAAUGAAAUGGUAUAAUUUACUUAGCUCAUCGUUUAUGAAAGAAGAAACAAAUUUGGAUCGUUCCGUUUCAUCUGUAUCAUUGGAAAGUGUUCAGCAUCGUUUAAACGGGUUACCUCGUAGAGCGACCGAUACUGGUUUUAUUGAAUAUAAUCGUUACUUAACUAGGUCAAACUCUUGGCAAGAAAGUUUACUUAAUAAAAAGUCUUCACAAGAUUCAGUUAAUAGAUUGCCUCUUUCUCGUCUUCUCAUUCAUUCGCGUUCUCUUUCGGAAGAACAGGAGCGCCUUGCUCAAGAACCAAGCUUUCGUAGUUGUGUAUCUGAUUGUACUGAUGCUCGUUGUAAACUUCCUUUUGAACGAAUGGGUAUAGGUCGUUGCAGUGUAAGACAUAAUAGAUUACCUCAAAAAAGUUUAUCAUUUAAGGUAAACACGCCUAAUUCUUCACGAAACGUUCUGUGCGAUAAACCUUUUAUGACAUCUAUUGAUCUUGAAUUAGAAAUACAAGAGGCUUAUUUAAAACAGGAAAAACUGAAUGAAGAAAUAACCCGUUUAAAAGAAAUCCAUAAUCUAAUAGCAGAAAAUAAAUUAGAGGGCCGAGAUGAACUGCCUCAAUGGCUUGUAGAAAACGGGGAAAAUUUUGAUGUUUUAUUAGACGAAGCGCGAAAAGAGGUAUCAUCAAAUCUUUCAAAUCAUUUCAGUUUUCAGUUCGACCAAACACAACAUUUUAAUGAAAUAGAAAGAGCAUACGAAAAGGUUCGUAUGAUUCCAAUUAAUGACAAUGCCAAUAUAAAGCUCAACCCUGUGAAAACAUUACCGAUGGAGAAACCUGAGAUACAUUGGGUUUAGUUUUUUUUAAUUCGUUUAAAAAUGAUAUUUAUACAUACUCAAACUGUGACAAUUGCAAUUAUUGCAGUUUUUUGUUCUCAAAUGUUUAAUAUACUGUAAAUAUUAUUUAUUUAUAUAUUUUUCAAUAGCUUUAAUUUUGUAUUUGAAAUCAAUUUACUAUUGAUUUAAAAACAUUGAAUUAGGUUAGAAUAUUUUUACAUUUUCUAUUAACAUGAAAACAUUGUAUACAAUGAAUUAAACCUUAUAAAAUAUUUAUGUUAUAAACAUUUUAUUAUUAAUGUUAAAUUUUAGUAACAUUUCUAAUAACCAUGUUUUUGACAAAUGUCUUU